GUCGUUGCUGUUGUUGUUGUUGUUGUUGUCGUCGUUGUUAUCGUUGUUGUAAAGUGUGUGUGCGCCUGUAGAGGCGAUAUUACGGUAUGAGUGCUGCGGCUCUAUUACCGUACCCGUGAGGACAUGGAGGCUCCGCUGCUCCCGGAAGAAGACGUGUCGACACUUGACUCCUCUCCCACAGCACUCUCGUGUGGCCUCAUCAGAUUUCACCGCCGCUCUCAGAUGCACUGCAUGCUGGGACACGCUGGACGUCCUCAGCUCCUGUAGUCUCAGCGUAACCGCGGCUGGCUGUUUCCCCGAUGCCUCGAUGGCGAGCGUUCCUCAGUCAGUACCUGCGAUGGUCCAACACUGUGACGCAGGCGGCGGCCCUGUCCGUGGUCACUUUCUGCGUGGUCCUCCCGCUGUGCGGACACCGCCUCCUCUUCUCCUACUUCUUCGUGCGCUCCGCGUACCUGGACUCAAUGAGCGAGGACGUCCUGCAGGACAGCCUGGCCCAGGGACAGGGCGCACUGCGCUUCUUUCAGAAUGCUCCCACUGCCGCCGCCAGAUUCACAGACGUCGCCCAGCACCCUGAGCUGCUGGUUACCGUGGUGACAGCCAGGCGCAACGAGGGGCGGGACUACCACUACCUGCUGCAGGUAAUGCGGCAGCUGAGCGGCAUCCUGGGAGGCUGCGGCGAGCGGCGGUGCGCCGAGGUGCUGGUCUGCGACGUGGAAAGCGGCCCGCAGGAAAACCAGGACGCCAAGAUGCUGGAGGAUCACUUCAGGGUGAUCCGGCGCUCGCUGCAGGAGCAGCGGAGCAGCAGUGAGCGAGUCAACACCUUUGAGAGGGAGAAGAGGGACUACGUGUUCUGCCUGCGCAGAGGAUGGGAGCUGGUGAGGCCCAGAAACGUGGUGGUCCUGGAGGACGACGCUGUGCCGCGGCAGGACUUCUUCUCGGUGGUAAGGGACCUGCUGUCUCGCCGCUUCGCCCUGCGGACGCUCUAUGUGAAGCUUUAUCAUCCCGAGAGGCUGCAGCGCUACUGGAACCCCGAGCCGUACCGCCUCCUGGAGUGGGUGGGGCUCGGACUGGUGGGAGCGACGGCGCUUCUCCUCGCCCUCCCUCACUGGAACCCCUGCUCCUUCUCCUUCACGCUGUGCGCCGGGCAUCUCCUCUUCUUCACCCUUUACAUCAUGGCGGCCGCCGAGCUGCUCGGGCGCCACUACCUCUUGGAGGUGCGGAGACUCUCCCCGCAGCUCUACGCCAUCUCGCCGGCCACAGAGUGCUGCACGCCGGCCAUGCUGUUCCCCGGGAACGCCUCGCUCAGGGUGGCUGAGUUCCUGGACGGGUCCUUCUGCGUAAAGGGGAACGCCAAAGACAUGGUGCUGUAUCAGAUGGCGAGGACGAUCCCCGGUGAGAGGGCGCACAGCGUGGAGCCCAACCUUGUCACCCACAUCGGGGCGUACUCGUCCGUCAGGCCCAACCCGCCCAGACCCAGACUCCUCUGAGUCACUGCGACAUCCAGCCAGCUUCCUCUGCGCCUGGUUUCCUGUCCACGGCACCACCUGAUCUGAAGGUUCACAGCUUCUCUGCACAGGAAGUGUUUAUCAGCCCGCUGUCUGACGGCUGUGUAACGGCUCAGCUGCGUGUGACUGUGACCUGAUGUGUUUUUUCACACUUCAAGUCUGUUUGCUUCUGUUUCACGUAUGUAACUCUGGUGAUUUAGGCCUGUUUCCACGGCAACGGUUCCUGCAUGAAACGUAAAUCAUUUGUCAUGGUUCGGCCUUUCGU